AUGCUUGGCUGGCCGCGGAGUCCGCCGAAGCUCUCGGCAGCGGCUGAGGCGACUGAGUGGAAAAUGGCUCGGAUUUUUGCGGCUGUGGCGCCUUGGGUUGUGGUGGAGGCAGAGGCUCAGACAGCGUGAGGUCUUGCUAUUUUGGAAACUACAAGAGAAAACUAGAUUGGGAAGGUUUGGAUUUGUAAGUGGACAUGGCUCAGAUAUCCAGCAACAAUGGAUUUAAGAAAUGCUCAUCUUCCCCUCCGGAAUCAACAAGAACAAAAGAUGUAGGCAAAGAAGAAGCAUUACAGAUGGAAGCAGAGGCUUUAGCAAAACUGCAAAAGGACAGGCAGGUGACUGAUAAUCAGAGAGGCUUUGAGUUGUCUAGCAGCACCGGACAAAAAGCACAGGUUUAUAAUAAACAGGAUUAUGAUCUCAUGGUGUUUCCUGAAUCAGAUACCCAAAAAAGAGCAGUAGAUAUUGAUGUAGAAAAGCUUACCCAAGCUGAACUUGAGAAACUAUUGCUGGAUGACAGUUUUGAGUCUAGGAAAACACCUGUAUUGCCAGUUACUCCUGUUCUGAACCCUUCAUUAUCAGCACAACUCUAUCUUAGACCUGCUAUUCAGAGAGGACAGUGGCCACCUGGAUUAUCUGGACCUUCCAGUUACACUUUACCUUCUAUUUAUCAGUCAACUUACAGUACUAAACAGACUGCAUUCCAAAAUGGCUUCAACCCAAGAAUGCCUACUUUUGCAUCCACAGAACCUAUAUAUUUAAGACUUCCAGGACAGUCUCCAUAUUUUUCAUAUCCUUUGACAUCUGCCACACCCUUUCAUCCACAAGGAAGCUUACCUAUCUAUCGCCCAGUUGUCAGUCCUGACAUGGCAAAGCUGUUUGACAAAAUAGCUAGCACAUCAGAAUUUUUAAAAAAUGGAAAAGCAAGGACUGAUUUGGAGAUAAAUUCAAAAACUACAAUCAGCAAUCUGCAGGUAUCUCCAAAGUCUGAAGACAUCAGUAAAUUUGAUUGGUUAGACUUGGAUCCUCUAAGUAAGCCUAAGGUGGACAAUGUAGAGGUAGAGGACCAUGAAGAGGAGAAAAAUGUGCCAGAUUUGCUAGCAGAUGAUCCUUGGGAUGCUGUUCUUCUUGAGGAGAGAUCACCAGCAAGUUGUCACCUUGACAGAAAGGUGAAUGGAAAAUCUCUUUCUGGAGCAACAGUAACAAGAAGCCAGUCUUUAAAUAUUCGAACAACUCAGCCUACAAAAGUCCAGAGCCAAAUAUAUCAGAAAGACCCAAAUGGGACCAGUACUUUGCCAACUGAAAGUUCUCUUCUACAAGAAAUUGAAGUACAGAGUGAGGAAGUAGCAGCUUUUUGUCAAUCAAUUACAAAAUUGAAGACCAACUUUCCAUAUACCAAUCACUGCACAAAUCGGGGCUAUUUGUUAAGUCCAGUCACAGUGCAAAGAAACAUAUGUGGAGAAAAUGCUAGCGUGAAGGUCUCCAUUGAAAUUGAAGGAUUUCAGCUACCAGUUACCUUUACAUGUGAUGUGAGUUCUACUGUAGAAAUCAUUAUAAUGCAAGCCCUUUGUUGGGUACACGAUGACUUGAAUCAAGUAGAUGUUGGCAGCUAUGUUCUGAAAGUUUGUGGUCAAGAGGAAGUGCUACAAAAUAAUCAUUGUCUUGGAAGUCAUGAACAUAUUCAAAACUGUCGAAAAUGGGACACAGAGAUUAAACUACAACUUUUGACCUUCAGCGCAAUGUGUCAAAAUCUGGCCCGAACAGCGGAAGAUGAUGAAACACCUGUGGAUUUAAACAAACACCUGCAUCAAAUAGAAAAACCUUAUAAAGAAGUCAUGACGAGACAUCCUGUUGAAGAACUUUUAGAUUUGUAUCACAAUCAAGUGGAGUUGGCUUUUCAAAUUGAAAAUCAGCACAGAGUAGUAGAUCAAGUAAUUAAAGCUGUAAGAAAAAUUUGUGGCGCUUUAGAUGGUGUGGAGACUCUUGCCAUUACAGAAUCGGUAAAGAAGCUAAAGAGAGCAGUAAAUCUUCCAAGGAGUAGAAGUGCUGAAGUGACUUCACUGUCUGGAGUAGGAGACAUUAACAGGAGUUCAAGUAGGGGCUCACUGAAUCCUGAAAAUCCUUUUCAAGUAAGCAUGGACCAGUUAACUGCAGCAGUUUAUGAUCUUCUCAGACUCCAUGCAAAUUCUGGUAGAGGUUCUGUAGAUUGUGCCCAAAGUAACAGGAGCAUUAAGGAAGCAUGGACUACAACAGAACAGCUCCAGUUUACAAUUUUUGCUGCACAUGGUAUUUCAAGUAACUGGGUAUCAAAUUAUGAAAAAUACUACUUGGUAUGUUCCCUGACUUACAAUGGAAAGGAUCUUUUUAAACCUAUUCAAUCAAAGAAGGUUGGCACUUAUAAGAACUUCUUCUAUCUUAUUAAAUGGGAUGAACUAAUCAUUUUUCCCAUCCAGAUAUCACAAUUGCCGUUAGAAUCACUUCUUCACCUUACUCUUUUUGGAAUUUUAAAUCAGAGCAGUGGAAGUUCUCCUGAUUCUAAUAAGCAGAGAAAAGGGCCAGAAGCUUUGGGCAAAGUUUCUUUACCUCUUUUUGACUUUAAACGGUUUUUAACAUGUGGAACUAAGCUUCUGUAUCUUUGGACUUCAUCACAUACAAAUCUUAUUCCUGGAACAGUCCCAAAAAAAGGAUAUGUGAUGGAAAGAAUAGUAUUACAGGUUGAUUUUCCUUCUCCUACAUUUGAUAUCAUUUAUACUGCUCCUCAAGUGGACAGAAGCAUUAUACAACAACACAACUUAGAAACGUUGGAGAAUGAUGUGAAGGGGAGACUUCUUGGUAUUCUUCACAGAGACUCAUCACUUGGACUUUCUAAAGAAGAUAAAGCCUUUUUGUGGGAGAAACGUUAUUAUUGCCUCAAACACCCAAAUUGUCUUCCUAAAGUACUUUCAAGUGCCCCAAACUGGAAAUGGAUUAAUCUUGCCAAAACUUAUUCAUUGCUUCAGCAGUGGCCUCCAUUGCAUCCACUGACUGCCUUGGAGCUGCUUGAUUCAAAAUUUGCUGAUCAGGAAGUGAGGUCCCUAGCUGUGACCUGGAUUGAGGCUAUUAGCGAUGAUGAGCUUACAGAUCUUCUUCCACAGUUUGUGCAGGCUUUGAAAUAUGAAAUUUACUUGAAUAGUUCAUUAGUGCACUUCCUUCUGUCCAGAGCGUUGGGAAAUAUACAGAUAGCACACCAUUUAUAUUGGCUCCUCAAGGAUGCUCUGCAUGAUGCACAGUUUGGUGCCCGAUAUGAACAUGUUUUGGGUGCUCUCCUCUCAGUAGGAGGAAAAGGACUCAGAGAAGAACUUUUGAAGCAAACAAAGCUUGUACAGCUUUUAGGAGGAGUAGCAGAAAAAGUAAGACAGGCUAGUGGAUCAGCCAGACAGGUUGUCCUCCAAAGGAGUAUGGAACGAGUACAGUCCUUUUUUCUAAAAAGUAAAUGCCGUCUUCCUCUCAAUCCAAGUCUUGUGGCAAAAGAAUUAAAUAUUAAGUCAUGUUCCUUCUUCAGUUCUAAUGCUGUGCCCUUGAAAGUCACAAUGGUGAAUGCUGAUCCAAUGGGGGAAGAAAUUAAUGUCAUGUUUAAGGUUGGUGAAGAUCUUCGGCAAGAUAUGUUAGCUUUACAAAUGAUAAAGAUUAUGGACAAGAUCUGGCUUAAAGAAGGACUAGAUCUGAGGAUGGUAAUUUUCAAAUGUCUCUCAACUGGCAGAGAUCGAGGCAUGGUGGAGCUAGUUCCUGCUUCAGAUACCCUCAGGAAAAUCCAAGUGGAAUAUGGUGUGACUGGAUCCUUUAAAGAUAAACCGCUUGCUGAGUGGCUGAGGAAAUACAAUCCUUCUGAAGAGGAAUAUGAAAAGGCUUCUGAGAAUUUUAUCUAUUCUUGUGCUGGAUGCUGUGUAGCCACCUAUGUUUUAGGCAUCUGUGAUCGACACAAUGACAAUAUAAUGCUUCGAAGCACAGGACACAUGUUUCAUAUUGACUUUGGAAAGUUUUUGGGCCACGCCCAGAUGUUUGGUAGCUUCAAAAGGGAUCGGGCUCCUUUUGUGCUGACCUCUGACAUGGCAUAUGUCAUUAAUGGGGGUGAAAAGCCCACAAUUCGUUUCCAGUUGUUUGUGGACCUCUGCUGUCAAGCCUACAACUUGAUAAGAAAGCAAACAAACCUCUUUCUUAACCUCCUUUCACUGAUGAUUCCUUCAGGGUUACCAGAACUUACAAGUAUUCAGGAUUUGAAAUAUGUUAGAGAUGCACUUCAGCCCCAAACUACAGAUGCAGAAGCUACAAUCUUCUUUACUAGACUGAUUGAAUCGAGUUUGGGAAGCAUUGCCACAAAGUUUAACUUCUUCAUUCAUAACCUUGCUCAGUUGCGUUUUUCUGGUCUUCCUUCCAAUGAUGAGCCGAUCCUUUCAUUUUCACCCAAAACAUACUCCUUUAGACAAGAUGGUCAAAUCAAGGAAGUUUCUGUUUUCACUUACCAUAAGAAAUACAACCCAGAUAAACAUUACAUUUAUGUAGUCCGAAUUUUGAGGGAUGGACAGCUUGAGCCAUCAUUUGUGUUCCGAACAUUUGAUGAGUUUCAGGAACUUCACAAUAAGCUCAGUAUUAUUUUUCCACUUUGGAAGUUACCAGGCUUUCCUAAUAGAAUGGUUCUAGGGCGAACACACGUAAAAGACGUAGCAGCCAAGAGAAAAAUUGAAUUAAACAAUUAUUUACAGAGUUUGAUGAGUGCUUCAACAGAUGUAGCAGAGUGUGACCUUGUUUGUACCUUCUUCCACCCUUUACUUCGUGAUGAGAAAGCUGAAGGAAUAGCUAGGUCUGCUGAUGUAGGUUCCUUCAGUCCUGCUCAAGGCCAAAUAGGAGGAGCAGUGAAAUUAUCUAUCUCUUACCGAAAUGGUACUCUUUUCAUCAUGGUGAUGCACAUCAAAGAUCUUGUUACUGAAGAUGGGGCUGACCCAAAUCCAUAUGUCAAAACAUACCUACUUCCAGAUACCCACAAAACAUCCAAACGUAAAACCAAAAUUUCACGAAAAACUAGGAAUCCAACAUUCAAUGAAAUGCUUGUGUACAGUGGAUAUAGCAAAGAAUCCCUAAGACAGAGAGAACUUCAGCUAAGUGUGCUAAGUGCAGAAUCUCUGCGGGAGAACUUUUUCUUGGGUGGAAUAACCCUGCCGUUGAAAGAUUUCAACUUGAGCAAAGAGACGGUUAAAUGGUAUCAACUAACUGCAGCAACCUGUUUGUAAGUUAGUGAAUUUCUGAGCUUUGGAAGCAAGAACAGUUAUAUAAACAUGUGUACACACACAUGUGAACUUUGUAUAUUUUUAUACUUGGACAGAAAUUAUACAGUAAAUGUACUUGCUGCAUUUCAACACAUCUGGUGGACCAACAGUCACUUAACUAACUUUUAUGAAUUUGUUGACAUCAUUGCUAUUUUAAAGUCAUUGUAUAGAAUGCUGUAAAUCUUAAACUUAAUAUAUAAUAAGUUCUAAAAAAGACUGAGUUGGUGAAGGAGUUAAUCCUUUCUUGAGUAAUUGAGUCAUAGCUUUAGUGUGGUCUGAUACUAUUUUGUCAGUUCAGCCAUCUGUUUUGUAUUGUUUCUUACACAGACACAGCACGUUUGUUUUCCUCUUUUGCACCUUUGACAGCCUUUACCACUGUGGAUGUUCAUAAACACCAAAGGAGAGGAAAGGUGCAGGAUGUUACCAUAAAAUGCAGCUGCUAUUCAUAGGGCCGAAAAGCAAAGCACAAAUAAUAAAUAGUUAAGAACUACUAAGUAGUUUAUAGAGUAGGGAAAAUAACACUGCUUUUUAUUAUUCAUGUCUUUCAAGCCUUUUUCAGAAUAAGUGCCAGUCACUGAAGUUGUAAAUAAUGGUGCCUUAACUUCAUAUGCUUCUCUGGUACUUCAUUCUGAGUUUUUUCCUGACUUGAUAAAUAGUUCAGUAGUUUUCACUCACUUUUUACUAAUAUAAAAAGUUAUGUACACUUACUAAUGUUUUUCCCACAGAUAGAUAAUUUUCUAUACUUAAGAUGUAUAACUUAUUUAAACAUCAGCCAUUUGAUACAUGUUUUUAUUACCCAGUAACUGAAUGAGAUUCAUCAACAUAACUGUACACUAAAUUCCAUCAUUCCAUUAUAAUCCUACUUUUAUUCCCAGGAGUGUGAAUUGAAAUUUGGUAAUUUCACCCCUAUGUAUCUAUACUCCACUCUCUCAUUAAACAAGAGAAAAUGUGUGCACCCAGAUGUCCAUUCCUGUUCUGUAGAAGAACUUCACAAGUAGGGCAGACUCUUCACAAGAGGCCCAGGACAAGAACUCUGGCACAGUUUGUCUGAUUUACUCAACAUAUGUAAACAUUUUACAUUCGCAUGAAUUACUUUCCUUAAUACAAUAUUUAGAAUCAUUAGGGACAUGAUUGAAAUCAUUCUAUAGUAACCAUUAAGAAUAGGCUUCAUUUUUAUUAGUUAUUCAUUCAACUUCACACAUAAAUUGUUUAGUUUGGAUAAAAAGGUAUAUAUAAUAUUAAUUCUCAUGGCUAGAAUAGGAAUUCAGACACUUUUCAGUAGUAAGAGAUUGUAGCAAUCUAGUUGCUGUGAGAUAACUGAUAAAAUAUGCAAUGAAAAAUAACCAAGAAAGGAAGGACAAUCUCUGAUUCAGUUGCCCAGAACAGAAUUUUUAUAAACUGUGCAGAUAUUUAAUGUAAAUGGUGAUACCUUCAGAGCAGACAUAGAAGAGCUGAGAUGUAUAAGUGGGACAGGUUAAAAAGAAAACUUGAAUUUUUGGUGCCUAACACUAAUGGUCCAUUUGUAGGAUACCCCAUAUAUGAAUGUCUUUUUUUAUAUUAAAAUGUGUUGUCUAUUUAAUAAGUUAAUUAAAAUGCAGAUCAGAGCACCACCAUUUAUUUGCUUUUUCCAUAUACAGUUAACAUUUCCUUAAAGUGUGUAAGUAGCUUUGCAGAUGUAAAAAAGUACUAGAUAUUUUCACUUGUUUUUAAGACCUAAUUCCAUUCCAUGAAUUGUCACUUAGCCACUGUUUAAAAAAAAAAAAAAUGUACUGUCUUGGUAAAAGGUCACUGUUACUUGGACUCAGUGUAUACUGCCUAGUUGCAGUCUUGUUAUGGCAGUGUCUUUUAUAGAGCUAGAGAGUGGGAUGUCACUUUUCAAUUAUAAGAAAUAUGGAUUCUUAUCCAAAAGUGUAUGUUAUAUACUCUGUAUAGUUAACCAGAGUUCAAACAAGUGGUAAUGUUUCUCUUAAUUUAACUCAUUAUGUGCCUUCUUUGGUCAUUAAAAAACACAUAUAUUAAAUGUAUUUUAAGUAUAAGUUAUUUCUUUGUGAACGCUAAUCGUCAGCCCUUACCAAAAAAUAAAUUGACAGAGGCGCCUCUUUGCACUACUUACUAUCAAUAAACUUUAAAUUGGUUGUUUUUUGAAACAUUUUUUUAAAGCUUGCAUUAAAGUAAAUCUGAAACAAAUGUUUAAACAAACUAGCUAAGACACUAAUUUUUAUGUAUAAUCACAGUGUUUCACACCUAUCUUUAUUGAGUAAAAAUAGUUAUGCUACAUGUAAGACUGUGUGUAAAGAAUAAUGGAGCUAAAAAUACAUUUUGUAAUGAUCAUAGUGUAACUGAAGCAGAAGUUUUUCCCCUUGCAGUGUUUUGGAAUUUGAAAAUAAUGGUUUCUCAAAGAACCUAUUAUUUUCUGUACUGAGGAAUCCAAGACUUGCACUGAUGUUUUUAUUACUGCCUUUAUAAGAAUCUAUAGGUAUCUCAAUGUUAAGGCAUGUAUGAUCUUUGAUAAAAUAUUCUUUCAUCUUUUCAAAUUAAUGUUGUAUGAAACUUUCAAUAUUUUGCCUUAAAUUGGUUGACUGUUUUUUCUACGAUUCACGUGGCAUUUAAAAAAGAAAACAUUCAAUUUGAUACUUAAGAUUUAAGAUCACAAAUGGAUAAAGCCCCACUACCAUAGUCCAUGGAUUUACUUACAUGCUGUUUGACUAGCAGUGCAAAUAGGAAUAUAUAUGGCAAUUAGUCUCAUCUAUAAGAACCAAAUAAUUUAAUUAUAUUAAGGUAGUGAAUAAAGAUGUAUAAUAUUUUUAUUAAUACCUUAAAUAUAUUCAGUAGAUUGAAUGUGACUUCAUAACUGUACUAUGAUUGUAUUAAAAUAUUUCUGGAACAAAG